AUGCGAGGGGAAUUCAAUGGUUUGAAAGCUUUGAUAUUACAAGAGAAUGACACAACUUUUUAUGUACAUUGCCUUGCACACCAACUUCAAUUGGUGGUUGUAGCUGUAGCAAAGAAGCAUGAUGGUGUUAGUGACUUUUUUGAGCAAAUUUCAUCGGUGGUUAAUGUUGUUUGUGUCUCGUGUAAAAGAAAAGACUUGCUACGGCAACAAGCAAGACAAAGGGUGCAAAAAGGCUUAUGUAGUGGUGAACUCGAAACGGGAAGAGGGUUAAAUCAAGAGACUACACUUGGUCGGGUGGGAGAUACAAGAUGGGGUUCAGAUUUCAACACACUCACAAGUCUGAUGAAGUUGUUUGCGGAUGUUCUUGUGGUUUUAGAAUUUGUGAAAGUGGAUGGAGGGUCAUUGGCAAACCGCCAACAAGUGUCCAGAAUUUUAGCAUAUUUUAAAUCUUAUGAGUUUGUGUUUUACUUGUAUAUGAUGUAUGACAUUUUACACCUCAUGGGUACAUUAUCAAAGCAAUUUCAAAAAAAAAAAGAUCUAGACAUUUUAGAAGCGGCUUCGAUGGUUAGAGGGACAAUGGACGCAUUGCAAUCUUUAAGAGCCAUGAGGUUUGCUACCAUUUUGCCAAAGGUAUCCUCUUUUUGUCAAACACACAAUAUUGCUACACUGGAAAUGCAGGAUUUUUAUAUUGGUGCGAGAAACCGAACGACCACAAAAACCAAUAGAUUUCACUUUGAGGUUGAAAUCUUCAACACGGUGGUAGAUAUGCAACUGACAGAAUAUCGAGAUCGAUUUAGUGAAACAAGCACCUAG